UCGCCCAGAAGAUUGUAGCCACGAGGAAGAAGCAGCAGCUGUCCAUAGGCCCCUGCAAGUCUCUCCCCAACUCCCCCAGCCACUCCUCUGUGUGCUCCGCCCAGGUGUCGGCCGUGCACACAAGCCAGACAAGUAACGGCGGUGGGAGUUUAAGCGACUACUCCUCCUCAGUUCCGUCGACGCCAAGCACCAGCCAGAAGGAGCUUCGGAUCGACGUCCCCCCCACGGCCAACACGCCCACGCCCGUCCGGAAGCAGUCCAAGCGCCGCUCCAACCUGUUCACCUCUCGGAAAGGGAGCGACCCAGACAAAGAGAAGAAGGGGCUGGAGGGCCGUGCGGACAGCAUCGGGAGCGGGCGAGCCAUCCCAAUUAAACAGGGCAUGCUCCUGAAGCGGAGCGGCAAGUCUCUGAACAAGGAGUGGAAGAAGAAGUACGUGACCCUGUGUGACAACGGCGUGCUGACCUACCACCCGAGCCUGCAUGAUUACAUGCAGAACGUCCAUGGCAAGGAGAUCGACCUUCUGAGAACCACUGUGAAAGUCCCCGGCAAGAGGCCGCCCCGCGCCACGUCGGCCUGCGCGCCCAUCUCCAGCCCCAAAACCAACGGCCUGUCCAAGGACAUGAGCAGUUUACACAUCUCACCCAAUUCAGGGAAUGUCUCUAGUGCGCCGGGGUCUCAGCUGGCGAGCGGCAUCAGCCUGGUCUCCUUCAACAGCCGGCCCGACGGCAUGCACCAGCGCUCCUACUCCGUCUCCAGUGCCGACCAGUGGAGCGAGGCUACGGUUAUUGCCAACUCGGCCAUCAGCAGUGACACGGGGCUGGGAGACUCCGUGUGCUCCAGCCCAAGUAUCUCCAGCACCGCCAGCCCCAAGCUCGACCCGCCCCCCUCCCCCCACGCCAACAGAAAGAAGCACCGGAGGAAGAAAAGCACCGGCAACUUCAAGGCCGACGGCCUGUCCGGCACUGCGGAAGAGCAAGAGGAGAACUUCGAGUUCAUCAUCGUGUCGCUCACGGGGCAGACGUGGCACUUUGAGGCCACCACGUACGAAGAGCGGGACGCGUGGGUCCAAGCCAUCGAGAGCCAGAUCCUAGCCAGCCUCCAGUCCUGCGAGAGCAGCAGGAAUAAGUCCCGACUCACCAGCCAGAGUGAAGCCAUGGCCCUGCAGUCGAUCCGGAACAUCCGCGGGAACUCCCACUGUGUGGACUGCGACACCCAGAAUCCCAACUGGGCCAGCUUGAACUUGGGAGCCCUCAUGUGCAUCGAGUGCUCGGGGAUCCACCGGAAUCUCGGCACCCACCUUUCUCGAGUCCGCUCCCUGGACCUGGACGACUGGCCGGUGGAGCUGAUCAAGGUGAUGUCGGCCAUCGGCAACGAGCUGGCCAACAGCGUCUGGGAGGAGAGCUGCCAGGGGCGGGCAAAACCCUCGCUGGACUCCACCAGGGAGGAAAAGGAACGGUGGAUCCGGGCCAAGUAUGAGCAGAAGCUGUUCCUGGCCCCGCUGCCCUGCUCCGAGCUGUCCCUGGGCCAGCAUCUGCUGCGGGCCACCGCCGACGAGGACCUGCGGACGGUCAUCCUGCUGCUGGCGCACGGCUCCCGGGACGAGGUGAACGAGACCUGCGGGGAGGGAGACGGCCGCACGGCGCUGCACCUGGCCUGCCGCAAGGGGAGCGUGGUCCUGGCGCAGCUCCUGAUCUGGUACGGCGUGGACGUGAUGGCCCGAGACGCGCACGGGAACACGGCGCUGGCCUACGCCCGGCAGGCCCCCAGCCAGGAGUGCGUGGACGUCCUGCUGCAGUACGGCUGCCCGGACGAGCGCUUCGUGCUCAUGGCCACGCCCAACCUGUCCAGGAAGAGCAACCACCGCAGCAACAGUGGCGGGAGGGCGCCCGCCGUCAUCUGAGCGGCGGCCUGAGUCCCGCCCGGCCCCGCCCUCCUCCCCGCUCCCGCAGUCUGCAGCCCGGACCCCUGCAGGGGCCCAGAGGGGACAGGAGGCUGCAGGAGCCGCUCCCUUCGUGGUCGACUCCCGCGAGCAGGCCGGAGCCACCGCCGGGCGUCCGGCGCCAGGGACGGGGGACGCAGGGGCGGGCAGGCGAGGAGCGAGAAGGGGCAGCUCCCCCUUCAAUGGCAGUUAAGCACAUCCGUACCUUUCACCUCGACCGCGCCAACACUUGGUUGGAUCUCAUCUCUUCUCCGAGCAGCUUGACGGCAUAAAUCAGUAGCAAGCACAGAGUUUGUCAGGUCUGAAGCCCCUAUGAUGGUAUGUGUCAAAUCAGUUGUAGCUAAUCUGUCCAGGGAGAAUACUGGCUUCAUUACACUCGUAGAGUUGAGUUCUUCCAGCAUUGCCGCUGUGUAAUAGAACAUGAUUAGUCAUCGCGGAGAAGAAAGCAUAUUAGCCGAGGCGGUAGCGGCGCGGCACGCUCCGGUGAGUGCCUCGAUGUGAUUGCAAUACUCUUAGAAGCAUCAUAUUAUCCCAGACAUGUGCUUCCCAGCCCUUGGAGCCCUCCUUUCUAAAUCCACUGUCAUAAUUUAGUAUCUGUUUAAUUUUUCAGUCCAAAGAGAGGAAAUCAGUCGCUGAGUGUAUUUGACUACAGUCUCCUUGGUGCACAAGCAAAAAUGGAAAGAAAAAAAAAAGAUAAAUAAAUAAAUAAAUAAGCAAGCAACUCGGAAACCCACAAGGAAGUCCCGAAUGCAGCUGCGAACAGCGGCUCCGGCGCAUCUAGUAAACUCAGUAAAUAUAGAAAAGGCUAUUUUUUUCCCCAAAAAGUAAGAGAUAUUUUCUGUCCUUUUACCAAGGUGGACGUGGUGGGCGUCGGUCCCCACGGGGCCGCGCUGCCCGAGCCCCACAGGUUUCUGUAUUCUGUCUUUAGAUGAGAUGUGUCCAAAUCGGUCUGAAUAAAAACAGUUCAUGAA